GGAAGUGGGACCACGCUGGGGGACCAGACUCGAUCAAGGGAAUUCAUGGACAGAUGGACGGACAGUCAGACACCAAGCCGGCCUCCUUUCCCCCGGCAUCCCAGCCUUGACAAUCGAACCCUGCAUGUCCCACAGCACAUCCUUCCCCAGCGUGCCCCCAAAUGCCAAGUCCUUCCCCAAAACCACAUGCCACCAUCAGAGUGGUUCAGAGUUGAGACCGUCACCUCCCGUUUCCUUGGAGACAGAGAGCCUCUGCGGAUGCCACGUCCUGGAGGGGCCGUGGAAGUUCAGGAUGGAGCCAGGACAGCCUGGGGACACCCUUGCCCCUACCUGUUAGCCUGUGUCCUCUCCUCACCCAGGCUCUGUGUCCCACCCUGGAUGGGGUUUGGGGGGUCCCAACACAGGCAGCUCAGGGGACGCCCAGAGGAUAGUACCCACUGGACCCCUGGGGGCCCCACAGGCCCCGCAGAGGUGGGCUCCACCCUGCUUGUUUUUGCCUGUUUUCAGUGCCAGUCCCCAGAGCUCGGGGUGGUUUUCCCCGGGAUGUGCCGCAGCCCGGCUUUCCAUCUCCCUAGCGUUUGUCCUGGGUGGGCGCCACAGCUCCACGCCCUGGGCUGGGAGGGGCGGUCAGGGGGCCCACGCGCGCUGCCCUCUGCGCAGGACUGCCUGCAGGGCAUCAGGAACGUCCUGAGGACGCACAGGAACAUCGCCUCCACCCUCAUCAGCCUCGGCCUCGCCUCCAUGGUGUACGUGAUGCCGCUCAGCGCCUUCCUCUGGUUUGCCAUCCGCUCGGGCAAAUACACCCUGAGCCCACGGGCCCGUGGCUGCCAGCCCCAGGAGCCCCACUUAUACAGACGCUGCCAGGAGGGGCCCGCCCCUCAUCACCUGUCUGAAGCAGAUGCUCUCAGGGGCCGUCGGGGUCCAAGCAGUCGCUCGGGUCACCCUCCGCUGCUCCAGGACACCCACCUGCCUACACACAGGAGCAACAGAGAAGCUCCGGCCUCGGCCCGCACGCGAUCCUUCCCAGGAGGGGAUGAGCUGUUUUCCUCCACGUGGUGGUGGGAUGGGGAGGGAGGGGACCCCACCAGACAAGCAGCCUCCAUGUAAGCAGACGGGGGACCGGGGGUCACUUGCAGACUCUGGGAACAGGCUGGGAGGUGAGUGAGGACAGAGGAAGCAGAGGGCAGCUUGGCUGGGCUCUGCUUUGAGUCCCACAGGGUCAAACCCAGGGCUGGGCUGGGCUGGGCUGGGCUGCCCCCGCAGGCUCUGGGCAGGACCCACUCCAGGCUGGGUCAGGCUGUUGCCAGAGUUCGGUUCUGUGCGGCUGUGGGACUGACGUCCCUUCCUUGCCCGCUGUCUGCGGGGCCGCUGUGCUCCCCGAGACCCCUUCCCCUCCAUCCUCAAGUCACCAUGGCAGGUGGGUUCCUGCUUCUGCUGGGAAUUCCUCUGACUCUCCCCAAGGCUGGAGGACAGUCCGCUUUCAAAGGCUCGCGUGUGUAGAUGAGGGCCACCCGGGUAAACUCCCUGCCGUACAGAGAAAUCACACUUGUGGUGACACUGUGUUCACGGGUUCUGGGGAAUGCGUUUGAGAAAUCCCGCCUGCCGCGGCCUCUCCCCUUGGCCAUCCAACUACCCGGCUGGUGAGUUCUCACUAACGAACUGUCCCUGACGAUUUGCAUCCGUGGCUCGAAACCAAAGUCCUGGGUGGGACGCCAGACUGACCCAGCCUAGGCCGAGGCCCCAGCGUAACUGACAAGGGAGAAGGGACUGUGCGGCCCUUUUAACUUCCAUAGAGGGAGCUCAGCCCUGCCCCCCCCCAAACCAACAAAGUCGGGUGCCUCCCCAGUAAGAAGCAGCCCUCUGUGAUGGGCAACCAGAAAGGGACAAAGUGACCAACGCCUGCUGCAGUCCACCCCUUGUGUUUCCAAUCACACACACACACACACACACACACACACACACACACACUCUCUCUCUCUCUCUCUCUCUCUCUCUCUCUCUCUCUCUCUCUCUCUCUCCCUCUCUCUCUCUCUCUCUCUUCCCACACUUACACCUCCAAAAACAAGACGGUGCUCAGCCAGGAUAAAGCAAAUAGCUCUCCUACAACUGAAGGCGCACAGGCCUUGCCCCCAAGGAAUGUGCCGGAAGUCCAGCGGUUCUGCAUUUGAUAACCGUCCAGAGCAUCCGGGGAUGUGCGCACCUCUCCUGGUCCCGUUCUUCUCAUCAGGCAAAAUAAACUUUAAAGAAGCACCCGCUGAA